GCACUGGAAAUCUUGUUUUCACUUUCUAAUUCAUACACGCUUAUUAAGAAACUUGGCAUCCAACAUGGACCAAAAGCACAAACAAUACGUCGAAACCCUACACAUAGGCCACGUCCGACCGGAAGAUAUCCCAUGGCGGAGAUUGGGGCAAUACCUUUACAGAAUUCUAGAAGAUGGAUCACAGACGCAGAUGCGUCUCUGUAUGAUCGAGAGCCUGAUUCCCCCUCGCAGUGACGGGCCGGUAUUUCACUUUCAUGAAAUGCAUGACGAAGGAUUCAUUGUCACGGUAAGCAAUGCCUAUCCGAGUGGUAUAACCUCGUCAAACAUCGUUAACGGGAUCUUCAGAAGGGCAAGAUCCGCUUCCACACCCCCGGUGCGCCGCCAAUUGAUGCCAAGGCGGGCGACAUCAUCACUGUCCCGAUUCGUCUUCCCCACAAAUUCAGCAACCCCUUCGACGAAGAAGGCGUCUUCAUCAACACGAUUACUCCAGGUUUCUUUGUGAGAUACUUCGAGUAUCUAGAACAACUCAUAGGAGAGGGUACAAAGCUCACAACAGAAGCAAAUAUAGCGGCUUUGAAACGAUUCGCGACUGUUCCACUAGAUGAAGACACGAUUAUGAAUUUGAUUGAGGAAAGUAAAGCCAACGGAGACGAUGGAGUUGACAUCGACAUAUAGUCAGUUUGAGGUUCAGACCUUCAUUAGAGAACACUACUUGUUGUGAUCUUGUUUGCUUGAAACAUAUGUGUCUUGUGAUCUCUUUUUAAAGAUCGAACAAUUACAAUCAUGAGUAACUUGAAACAGCUUACCCGCCAAGGGGCUCAAAGACCGUCGAACCCUGGUCGGUAUGACAAGUAGAUAUUGGAGCUUAAUGGGUAAAAUUUGCCUCCUGAAAAGAAAUUUUACAUUCUCGAUUAUGAAACCUCCGGACUAGCCAAAUUUCUAAGCUGACAAUAAAAUAUCGAAUAGGCCUGAGAUACGUAGCUAUACUAACUAGCUUCAAAACAGAAUCUACGAAGACUCCUCCUGUGCCUUUUUCUUCAGCCCACAAUACCAAAACAGCGUACCAAGCGGUGGCAACACGACCUCCUCGCCAUUAGUAAAUGUCCAUUCACUCAAAUCCAAAUCGCGCUGACGGCGAAUGAGAUUAAAUGUUUCUUCGGGCGUUCGCCCUCUGAUGCAAGAAACAACGCCGUCGAAAACGUAAUAUAUCGGAAAUAAGGGGAUGAGAUAUGUGAAAAUCAAGUGGAAAGGGGACCACCAGUAUUCUAUCCAGGUGGUACUCAAUGCGCCGAACAAGGAAGCAGUUGCGGUAUAUAUGAUCGAGGGAAGAGUGCGAUGUGUGAUUUCGAAGAUCCUACAAAAAAACGAUUCUGGUGAGUAUUUUGUUCGCCCGCUGUGAAGGGGUCAGCCUACAGGAACGCAUCUGCAGAUUCUAUGGCGCUUCGAAGAACCUUCUCGGCCUCUGGGUCAUCGAAAUGAUGGAAGCAUAAAUUGAAAAUCCGGCACUCCUUCUUUUCCGGUCCGGCGAUCCUCACAGCCUUAGACGCGUCGAUAGGUUCUUCAAUAUACGAUAUAUUCAUGCUCUGCGCGGAAAGUGACUGCCAAGCCUCGAGGUAUGGCGCCCAAUCAGUCAGAACAAAUCGCACUGGAGUGUGGCCGCCUGCCUCCAAUUGCUUGUUGAUGUACUUCUCAAAAUACGGGGUUGGACCUCCGGCACCAGCACAGGAAUCUACAAAAGUAAAUUCAGCGGCAGCGCCGAUGCCACCGACGGAGUCAAGAAGGAUGUUGCAUGCUUGUGUAGCGAGGGAAUAUCCUCUUCGGGAUUUGAUUUGCCAUAGGCGAGCAAGGGAUGCAUGAGCGUGGUCACGAAGCCAAGAUGGACACCAGGAUGUGUCUUCGAUCUCAGUGAGAUGAAAGCGAGGGAAUAGGACCCGAGACAUUGCAAACUCAGAAUUUGAAGUUCCAGCUUCUGGAGUAAUCGUUGAAGGGCUCGGUGGCUU